GGCGCCGGGCCAGGUUCAGGGGGUCUGCCCAGCCACCCCUCCCUUCUCGAGGAGGCGGGGGGCAGGGCAGGGUCUCACCUUCCCGCCUGGGCGAGACCGCAGGAAUCCUGCCGUCAGCCCUCUGGCUUAAGAGCCAGGACGACCCGGGCUCAGAGAGGGGUGGCGAGCGACCAGGGUCACACAGCGCGCCGGCGGGCUCGAGGCCUCCUCCGCCUCUGGGAGUCUCCAAGCUUGCCCCGAAGUGGGGCAAGGCAGAAGCCAGACCGAGGAUCUGAGCUCUCUCAACUCCUCAGGCUGACUCCAGGGAAGCAGCAGUUGCCAGCAUCCAGCUGCCUACUUUCUGGAUCUGUCUCCGCAUUUCUCCGGUCUCCUCAGACCAAAGCCCUUGGGGUAUGUAACAGCCAUGCCUGUGGACACACUGACUCCGGGAUCCCGGGACACAUCUGCCCUACCUUUCCGCCUGCGGACCAAAGUGCCUGGCUACCUGCCCCGGAGGCCAGCAGAUGGUGGAGCCCGGAAACCUAGUGCUGUGGAGCGCCUGGAGGCUGACAAGGCCAAGUAUGUCAAGAGCCUGCACGUGGCCAACACCCGCCAGGAACCUGUGCAGCCCCUGCUGUCCAAGCAGCCCCUCUUCAGCCCUGGGACUCGCCGCACAGUGCUCACACCUAGCCGCCGAGUACUGCCUGGCCCUGGCCGUCGGCCCCAGCUGGACCUGGACAUCCUUAGCAGCCUCAUCGACUUGUGUGAUAGCCCUGCGUCCCCUGCCGAGGCCAGCCGUACUCCUGGACGGACAGAAGGAGCCCACCAGGCGCCCCCAGCCAACCCUCCACGCCCGCCACCCAGUACCGCUGCUGUCCGCCGAGUGGAUGUCCGUCCUCUCCCCGCCUCCCCUGCCCGGCCGUGCCCAUCUCCAGGCACUGCCCCCGCCUCCAGCCCAGCCCGGCCCCCAGGUUUGCAGCGCUCCAAGUCCGAUUUGAGUGAGCGCUUCUCCAGAGCAGCAGCUGACCUGGAGCGAUUCUUUAACUUCUGCGGCCUGGACCCAGAGGAGGCACGGGGGUUGGGCGUGGCUCACCUGGCGAGGGCCAGCUCAGACAUCGUCUCCCUGGCCGGGCCCAGUGCCGGGCCUGGCAGCUCGGAGGGGGACUGCUCCCGCCGUAGCUCUGCCACUGUUGAGGAGCGGUCUCGGGAGCGCGUCCCCUACGGCGUGUCGGUGGUAGAGCGCAACGCGCGAGUGAUCAAGUGGCUGUAUGGGUUGCGGCAGGCACGCGGUGCCCCCGCCGCAGAGGGCUAGGCCUCCACUGGACUCUGCAUUUGCACAGGACACAUCCAGGAGAGGCAGCUGGGCUCUCGACCUCUUCUGCAUCCAUUCCCUGGCUUGGGACAGACCAGAGGCUGGGUGGUAUCUGUCUGUCAAGGACUGACCCUGGAGAGGGUUGCCUGUUGACCUUGGGCCAACCCCUACCCCUCACUUGUAGGGGUUUUGACACAAGUCCUGCCUGGUUCUUCUCCUGGGUUUAGAUUUGGGGCACUCAGCCUUCUCCACUGAGAGUGAGGGGCACUGUCCACUGAGCAGUUCUGUUUCCUUCUUCCUUGGCCUCUAACCUUUGCUGACUUCCUCUUCCUUUCCCUGCGGGCCCUGGUUCCCUGGGAACUUGCUCAGGGUGGGGGCAGGGCCUUGGCCACCUGGCCUAGGUGGGUAGACUACAGGAGGGACUGGUAGGAGUCUGUACUGCUCUGACUUCUUCCCUUUGGUUAAUAAACACAAAUGCUUGUUUUUCAA